CUCAAUAUAGAUUAUGUUUCAGAUAAAUGUACUGUUUUUAAAAACAAACUCCAGAACCUGUCUUAUAUCAACAAGUCUCCACACUUCUGAAUUCACUCAUUGAAAGGAGCAAUAUUUAAGUAGUCAUUUUAGAAUUAUCUUACCUCUAAUAGGCAGCAAGUCAUUUUUUUAUCUGUUUGCUGAGACAUUUCAAACAUUAUUGUCCAUGGAUAGUUUUUGAACGCUUCAGUUUAAGAUGCAAAAUGUCCCACACUCUCACGCCCCAAGUGAAAAGCAGACCAAAGCGAGCGAAGCCCCUUCCUUCAAUCGCCACAGAUUAUUAUUAAUAGCUGAUGUUACUAACUUGAUGAAUUCCACAUCAACAUGGCAGGGACAUGCAAAACAGAUUGUGGAGAUUAUAACCAUUUGGGGGGUUUUUCAGUCCUCGGUCUCAGGGUUGUACCUGUAGCCACUUACACCUUCAUCUCCAUGCAGACUUGUAAUUUUAACGUCCCGCCAGCCUAUAGCUCCUCCGCCAUCCGUACACCCCCUGCACCGGGAUAAUGGACGAGCUGAGAACCCCUUUGUGACUUUUCUUCGGCCUCAGCAGCAGCAGUCAGUCAGUCAGUCAGUCGGGCUGUCGCAUCCUCUCCCUUCGCUGCAUGGCAACGGGAGGAGGAGGCUGCUCGGGAUGAGGGAGGGUACCACGCUCCCACGUGUCCUCCUCCUCCCUGCAAACCCAAAGCGUUUUUCUUUGCUUUUCCCUUCGUUAGCGCAUGUGGGCUGCGCACACGCACGCACACACACGCGCACGAUACGAGCUCAUCCGUACGCACCUUGCGGAGCGAUGCGUCCGCGGCGGUGCGCACUCGCCCGUUCCUCCCUGUUUCCCUAAUCAACCCCGUCGGCCUGCGUCGAUCAUCCCCGCCAUGAACACCAGGCGAUGGUUUUUAAUUUUUCAUUAUUUCUGAUAUGGAAAUCCACAUCCUCCGUGGCGCUGUUACGCGGAGCUGAGAGAGAGAGAGAGAGAGAGGGAUGAGAGGACGCGCAUCAUCAGACGUUUAGCAGAUUCACUUUGCAUCCUCGCCGUCGUUUUUUCCUGUCGUCGGUCUGUUCUCCACUUGCCCUUCCAUCGGCCGGGAUCGUGUGGAUGGUUGUAAUCCGGGGGAAUAUGUGAAGAUCAUGCGGGCGCUGUGGUGCUUCAUGGUCUUGGCUGCAGUGGGCGAGAGGCUCGCGGUCUCAGGUGCGGACAGGCGCCCGGCGCAGGAUGGAGGCAUGUGGGACUGGUUCGCCCCGCCGGGAGGGCCAGGCGGCGGGGACACCGCGGCCGCCGACGAGGUCACCCGUCCGAGGCGGCUGGUGCAGCAGAUCGAGUCGGAGGAGGAAACGGCCCACCGCCACCUGGAUACCAGGGUGAAGAACAGCACCGCGGACACGUUGCCCGUCCACUUGGCCCAAAGCUGUUUCCAAGUGGAGGCCUUCGGACACACCUUCACCCUGGACCUGGAGCUAAACCAUCAACUCCUGUCCUCCGAAUAUGUGGAGCGGCACUUUAACCAGGACGGCAGACCCUCAGAGUCUUUGGGAGCGGAGCACUGCUACUACCAGGGAACGUUAAGAGGUUUCCCAGAGUCCUGGGCUGCUGUGUCCACCUGCCACGGCCUGUGCGGCGUGUUCUCCGACGGCUUCUUCUCUUACGGGAUCGAGCCCCUUCACAAUGGGACCAAUCAGGAGGAUGACGCUCACUUAAUCCGCAGGAUGCCUGAUAUCAGAGUUUCCCCCGACUGCGCAGGCUGCACCGAGGACAGUGCGUGGGAUCGCGGAGGAGGUGACGGCGAUGACGACAGAUCAGACCAAACGAGGGGGCGGCAGGUGUCGGCCGGGGGCCUGCGGCGAUCCAAGAGAUCGGUCCGCAAGCCCUCCGUCCAGAGCGAGACCAAAUAUGUGGAGUUGAUGGUGAUCAACGACAACGAAAUGUUUGUACAGCUGCGCAGCUCAAGCAGCCAAACCAAGAACUUUGCCAAAGCAGUGGUCAACAUGGCAGAUGCGAUCUACAAGGAACAGCUGAACACGCGGAUCGUGCUGGUUGCCAUGGAGACCUGGACCUCUAAGAAUAUGAUGCCGGUCGUCGAAGACCCACUGAUGAUGCUGCAGAACUUCAUGAAGUACAGGAAGGACAACAUCAAGGAGCAGAGCGACGCUGUCCAGCUUUUCUCAGGGCGAACAUUUCACAGUAGCCGCAGUGGGGCGGCCUACACGGGAGGCGUGUGCUCUCCGACGAGGGGCGGGGGCAUCAACGAGUACGGGAAUGUUGGCGCGAUGGCCGUCACUUUGUGCCAGAGCCUCGGCCAGAACAUCGGGAUGAGGUGGAACAACGCUCGUAGCGCUGCAGGAGACUGCAGGUGUCCCGAUCCCUGGCUGGGCUGCAUCAUGGAGGACACGGGAUACUAUCUGCCCAGGAAGUUUUCUCGCUGCAGUGUAGAUGAGUACACCCAGUUCCUGCUCCAGGGGGGCGGGAGCUGUCUCUUCAACAAGCCCAACAAGCUGCUGGAUCCUCCGGAGUGUGGAAAUGGCUUUGUGGAGCCAGGGGAGGAGUGUGACUGCGGAUCCCAGGUGGAGUGUGCGCGUAACGGAGGAGCCUGCUGUAAAAAGUGCACACUUACCCACGAUGCCAUGUGCAGUAAUGGACUCUGCUGCAGCGGCUGCAAGUAUGAGCAGCGGGGCGCGGUGUGUCGGGACGCUGUGAACGACUGCGACAUCCCAGAGAUGUGCACCGGGGACUCCAGCCAGUGUCCUCAUAACGUGCACAAGCUGGACGGCUACAUGUGCGAUAGCAGUCAGGGCCGAUGCUACGGCGGACGAUGCCGGACUCGUGAUGGGCAGUGUAAGGGACUCUGGGGCUACAAUUCAGCGGACAGGUUUUGUUACGAGAAGCUGAACGCCGAGGGGACGGAGAAGGGAAACUGUGGCCCGGGUCCCGAGGGCCAGCGCUGGCUGCAGUGCAACAAGCCGGACGUCUUAUGCGGCUUCUUGUUUUGUGCCAACGUGACCACGAAGCCCAAGUUCGGAGACCUGCAGGGCGAGGUGACCAGCUUCACCCUCCACCACCAGAACAAGUACCUGGACUGCAGAGGCGGCCACGCUCUGCUGGAGGACGGCUCGGAUCUGGGCUACGUGGAGGACGGCACUCCCUGCGGCCCCAACAUGAUGUGUCUGGUGCGCCGCUGCCUCCCGGUGGCGGCGUUCAACCUCAGCACCUGUGCGGGGUCCAACUUUGGGCGCAUCUGCUCCGACCACGGGACCUGCAGCAACGAGGUGAAGUGCAUCUGCGACAGGGACUACACGGGGAAGGACUGCAGCGUCUUCGACCCCAUCCCCGAGCCGACGCUCCCGACGGGCCCGGAGAAGAAAGGAACAUUCGAAGAGGAAGGUAUACCUUUUGUCCGACUGUUGCGAUGUGAUGUGAUGUCCGGUCCACGGAGUAGAUCAUUGCCAUCCCACUGCUUCCCCAUUCAUCUCCACCAUCUGAUCAUCACUUGGUUAAUUCCCCCACAAGGCACCGCAGCUCGUCCUGAAUCAAAUCGUCCUCGUCCUCGUCCCCCAAUCCCAGAAAAUUCACUUCAUCAUUUCAAAGCAGAAUUUUCAUAUUCUAGUAUUUUCAUCUUCCGUCCCCUGAGCUGCAGACGUGUGUAUGUUUCCCCCCCUCCUCUUAACUAUCCCCUUCCUGUCUUUCACUUCUUUCAGAUCUGGCGGCGGAUAAGACGUCUGUCUCUGUUUCUCGUCUCUCUUGACCCGUCUUCCUCCUCGUGUCCAUUUCCACAUCGGAGAAGAGGGGAACAGAAAGAACGAAAAGAAAAAUGAAAAGUCUUCCACUCCUCUCCCGAACAAAAAUCUCCCCGACCCUCUUCCGAUUCAUCAUUUCCUCCACGCUCCGUUCCGUCUGUCCCCCCCUCCCCCUCCCGCCGUGUGGCUGCAGCCAGCAGGCCACUGGAGGUCGUGCAGGCAGGGGGCGGGGUCUUCCUCCAGGUCCAGUGUCUGUGGACCUCCUCUCCUCCACAUCUCGGGACAGUGUGAUGAAGGACAUAUCGACGAUGGACCAAUUCAAUACGAGACUUGUCUUUCCAGCGCCUCCCCUGCACACUCCCUCUCACCACUGGAGGACCAUCGGACGGACUGGAAUCAUGUAGGAGGAGCUGAAUCGUUUCCUUUUCUUUCCUGAAGGAGAAGGACCCGAGGCCCAGGUCCUCCUGGACGGGGUUCUGUUGGGCAACGUUGGACAUGGUUGAGAUGACGUCCCACACUGGAUCUUGUUGUUUUGCAUGUUUUCCAAAGAGAGACUGAGGAAAGGACGAUGGCAUUUCCCCGCCCCGCCCCCGCCGGCCCUGCCCCGCCCCCGCCAGCCCUGCCCCGCCCCCGCCAGCCCUGCCCCGCCCCCUCCACAAGUCUUCAGGUACAAAAACGGGAGUGAAGCUAUAGGUGUUAAUGGUUUUUGGGAUCAUUUUUCAAACAGAACUGUGAAGCAAGCAGAGACCGUAACUUCGUGUUUCCUACCACACACAUUCCACCACAGUGCGUGCGCGCGCUCACACCAACUUUUCUGGCUGAAACCAAUUUGUACGCUUCGCAGGUUUGAACGUGCGUGCGUGUGUGGCACGGGCGAAUGUGCAGGUCGCGAGGUAUUUUUAAAGAGAACGGGAAGAAUGUGCGCGUGUUUACCUUCGUGUUUGGGGCAGUCGUGUGUCUGAAACCCUACCGCUCCUCCUGUCGCAGGUGGUCUUCGGCAGGUUUUUACCCCGAGGAGAUCAUUUCUAUCUACGGCAACUAAAUAAGUUAAUACGGAGUUCAACAGUUUUUAAAUGUCGUGUAUCCACUGAGCAAAUGAGCACUAGCCAACUGUAUGCACACCGUUUUGUAAAUACGUGCGAGAGUGUUAGUGCACCGUACGAAGGUUUCUUUAAAGCUCUGUUAAGGUCUGAGCAUCUGUAAAUCUCUCCUGUCCAUCAUUCAUUUCUAAAGGUGGCGUUGGCAGCCACUCUUCUCGUAUCAUUCCAGCUAUCACUAAAAAUGAAUCUUUUGUACAUUUGUCGAUAGUCCCCCCCCAUCAAGCGGACGCCACGCGCCCUCUCUGUCUCUGUGUGUGUGUGUGUGUGUGUGUGUGUGUGUGUGUGUGUGUGUGUGUGUGUGUGUGUGUGUGUGUGUGUGUGUGUGUGUGUGUGUGUGUGUGUGUGUGUGUGUGUGAGCUUUGCACUACGGCAGAUGCACUAUUGUUAUUACAAUACGCACAGAGUUGGCAUCAAAUACAAUCUUGUCUGAUCAGUUUGAAGUGGAUUUGGGGGGAAAAAGAGAAAAUGAGAUGCAGCUUAUACCCCGUAUUUUUAGACACUACCUUUUUUGAGUUGAGACAAAAAAGAAAAAAGAGUUCUGUAGACGGACUGAAAUUAAGGGAAAAUAGAAUACUAAAACAUUGAAAAACACCUCCUAUUCUCACAUGCCUUCGCCUGUUGGUAUUCAGUCUGUGUGGCUUUAAUAGAUUAGGGUUUUAUGCUUUUGUUUUCUUCUCCUAAUAAAACAAUUUAAAUGAUCAUAAUAAAUUA